UACAACUACGACGUUACAGCUAUUUACUAAACCUAGUUUUGUUCCAGCUAUUAAAGACUUGUUUUCGAAAUAUUUACUAUCUUCUUAAUUUAUUAUACAUUUUUCGAAGUUCUUAUUUCAAUUGUAAUGGUAGCCAAAAAUCAGUGGACAGAAAUUGCUCAAGAAAGAAUCUUAAUGAAAAAGACUCACACAAGUUUUCCCCAGUUAAAAUAUCCAUCUUUAAGAGACAAAGGUUUUAGAGAUCCUGUACAAUGGCUAACAGGAAAAGCUUUAGAUGAUGGCGCUGAAGGAUUAUGGCGAAUUCACGACAAAAUUUACGACUUUACAAGUUUCAUGAAUAAUCAUCCCGGUGGUGUGGAAUGGCUUGAACUGUCUAAGGGGACAGACAUAACAGAAGCCUUUGAGUCGCAUCACAUAAACCCGGCAACCGAAAAACUUCUAACAAAAUAUUAUUUAAGAGAAGCAAUGAAACCGAGAAACUCACCGUUCACUUUCAAAGACGAUGGCUUUUAUCGAACACUUAAAAGAGCGGCUCACGAAGAAUUGAAAAAGUUACCUAAAUAUGCAAGCAGAGAAGCGAAUGUGAUAACAGAUGGUUUGUUCGUGACUUUACUAUGUAGCUCAAGUCUAGCUAGUUGGGUUACAAAUUAUUCGUUAGCUGUGUUCUGGUAUGUUGUCGCAUCUGCAAGUUUAGCAUUGUUAACAGUCGCGUGUCAUAACUUUAUACAUCGCAGGACAAAUUGGAGGAUGUAUUUGUUUAACAUGAGCUUGUGGUCGUAUCGUGAUUUCCGCAUAUCGCACGUUCUCUCACACCAUUUGUACACAAACACUCUAAUGGAUGCCGAGCUAAGCACACUUGAGCCGUUCUUAAUCUACAAUCCCAGAGUGAAUAAACCACUGCAUGCCAGAAUCGGAUUUGUUACGCAAUAUGCUAUUUUCCCUUUACUAUUUUUGAUAAACUUUUUUAAAAGGUAAGAAUUGUAAUAAUUGAAAGUAAAAACAAUGAGUUAAUAUGUUAUUCUCUGACUUACACAUUAUUAUAAACUCGAAACCAUUUGUAAAACUAAAUAUAAAAAUUAUAAUUUAUCAAUUGAAACUAAUGCAACACUAGAAGUCUAUCUUCACAAUUUUAGUGUAUUGUAACUUAUUAUUAUUAUUAUGACGACCCAUAUAGCCGAAUGGUUAGUGACCCUGACAACUAAGCUAGAGGUCCCGGGUUUGAAUCCCGGUAGCUGCAAUCAUCUGUAUGAUGAUUAUGGAUGUUUGUUUUCGGGUCAUGGAUAUUUAUAUGUAUUUAAGUAUGUUUGAGUAAGUAUAUCCUAUUAAAAUAUAUCGUUGUCUUGUACCCAUAGUAUAGGCUAUGCCUAGUUUGGGGCAAGAUAAUUUGUGAAAAAGUGUGUCAAUAUUAUAUUAUUGUUAUUAUUAUUGAAUUAGGCGUUAUUUUGCGGAAAUCCAUAAUUAUUCAAAUGUUGUGACCAACUUAGGAUGCUUAUGUCUCGUGCCAGAAUUUGGCGAGUCAUCAACUCCUGAGAAUGCCUCGUGUAGAGACAAAACACGUGUCGAAUUGAUUGAAAACGAAUCGUAGCGAAAUUUACACUCAAGAAGGUUAACAACAUUUGAAUUAGUGUAUUGUAUUUAGCAUUAAGUCAUUCAGAGUGACAAAAUACAUGUGAAAAAUGUUAUAAAAAUUCAUUACGUAGAUUUUGAUUCGGUUCAUGAAAUAAAAAUUCAUAAUUAUAA